CCCGUCCGAUACCGGAUCCCAGGAGCGACGCACGGGCGAGCAGGCGUUCGCCAACAGCAGCGCGCCGUCGGCCGCCAAGCGCAACACGAUGACGGCGGCGGCGAGUACGCGAACCGCCGACGACCGAGCAGCGCCGCGCGGCUGCCGACAGUAGUCGAGCGAACCGGCAAGCGGUGGCUCAGUCCGCGCGCGGCAAUCGACAAGUGCGGGCGCCCUUCGGUGCUCGCGGUACCCGGGCAGCGGCGUGCGUGCGUGCGAGUGUGUGUGUGUUGUGUGCUGUGUGCAUCUGAAGGUGCGUGGGUUUCGCGAGUGGACAGUCGGUGCAUCGGUCGCCUUUGGGAAGCCAGGCCGCGGCACGCAUGGCGGGCCUGUUGCAGCCGCCUUCUGCCGCCAACGGCAACGCCGGCGGAGCCGGCGCGGGCGGGGGCCUGUCCGCUCCCAGCAGCCCCUGCUUGGGAAACCGACUGACAGUGCCCGGGUCACAGGGACCCAGAGACCGCAAGUACAGCCUUCCGCUGCAGCUUCAGCGGCGGCCGUCGCUGUCGGGAUACGCGGCCGCGGUCGAGUCGGCCCGCGAGGAUGCCCGCCGGCGCAAGUUCAGCCAGGUGGGACAGGUGGUGUCCCACCGGCUGUCCACCACCAUCGGCUGGAAGGUGUACACGGUGACCACCCAGGAGGUGGCCGACCAGGCCAAGAGCCUGUGCGGCCGCUACCUGCGCGCCAAGCUCAAGCAGUGCGGUGCCGUGAACAAGAAGCUCGGCCUUCAGCGGCUGCGCAGCGUGAGCAACCUGAGCGUCGGCUACCCCACGUCGGACGUGGCCCAGAGGCUGCGGCUCGUCUGCUCCGAGCUGGAGAGCUCGCACCCCGACCUUUACCAGACGGUGACGGGCAACAUCGGCGUUCACGCGCUGCCCUCGGAGACGGCCGUGCAGAACGUGUUCGAGGCGGUGGCCCGCGAGCUGUUCCGCAACGACAUCUCGUGGGGCCGCAUCGUAGCCCUCUACUCGGUCUCCGGCGGGCUCGCCGUCGACUGCGUCAAGCUGGGCCACCCCGAGUACGUGCUAGGCCUCGUUCAAGCCCUGGGCCUGUUCGUCGAGAGAGACCUGGCCACGUGGAUCAGUCAGCAGGGCGGAUGGGGAACCCUAAUCACACGUUUCCGACGACGGCCCCAGCGGUCAAUCCUGGUCGACUUCUUGCUUAUCGUGGCUGGCCUGGUGCUGGUGGUGGUCCUUCUCUAUUACUGGCUGUCCUGACGCCCGGCGCAAACCCUACACCUAGCAAGGAUGCUGUGAUCGGCGCCAUUUCCUUCCGCCCACGUUUGUCCAGCGUCACAUCCUGGAGCCCCACAACGCCAAAGAAGCGGUGCUAUGUGUAGUGGAACAGCGAGCCUCGCGAACAAACCCACCAAACACAGCCUAGACCUGACUGAACGAACUGAGUGCGGUGAAUCUGUGCACGUGAAACCGUUUUGCGUGUAGUUCAACCCGUUGGUGCUGUGGACGUUGUGCUUCAGUUUUAGAGGACAAUAUUCGCAUGACCUUGGAAUGGUCAUGCGAAUACCCUAGGUGCAAAACACCUGUUCCUUGUUCUGUUGUAGCGUUAGUCACGUAUGCAGCGCCUGGCUUCAGUGGUUCUGUCGUAGCAGAUUCCGACGUCCAGAGCUUGUCACAGGGAUCAUCGCCGAGCGAGAAAUAAUUUAAGGGACCACAUUCAGGAAUGAGUGGGGCCAGACUUUUGUACAUGGAUGUGUAUUCUCGCUUCGAAACUACCGCAGUCCUUACACGCAAAGCUUGUGAUCACGCGCGUGACGAAAUGGGCUGACUUGGUAUCCUAAACUGUGCGGAUCCCGCUGUAGCGGCGGCCAUCGAGAGACUGCAUUUCUGUUCCUGGACUUGUUUGUGUUAAAACAGUGUGUGUUUUGUGUGGGUGUGCCCCGAGCCGUUAAUAUCGAACAUGCAUUUAUUCUUGAAAGAAAACUACGGUGGAAUACAGUGUGACACAAUAGUUAUCCACGCACGGUCCAGUGGGAAGUCUUACGCGGCAGUCGAUAACAAUGAAAAAAGAUAUCAGAAGGAACUCGACCACAUGAAGACUUCCGCACGCAACGUAUUUUGGUUUGGCGCCAUUAGUUUAAUAAGAAUUUGCUGGGUUCACAUUAUGUAUCGGCCAAUGGCACUAAUUUGCAUGCAAUUUAAGCAAACACACAGGCUAAAUGAUACAUAAAGCUUUUUUUAUCUUUUUAACCUGGGAGAAAAAAGUGAGCUGGGCUACACCGGUAGGAAAUGCGCUAAAAGGUAACGAGAGCAACAAAGGGUGAUUGCAAAUUAUAAUGCUAGGAAAAAAGUGUUAAUUAAGAAACAACAAUUAGUCUUAAAUAUCCUAGGUGAAGAUUUUUAAGAGCAGCAAUGUUCAGAACACGCCCAGUUAGUGACUCUAGGGCAGAAAUAUUCCAGGCAACGUUCACUCAGAGGAGUAACUUUCUUAGUACCUCCAGAUUCAGCCAUCUAGUACUGCGUUAGGAAAGCUAAACGAUGUAAUUUGUAUAUGUUUUUAUGAAGUCGUUCGUAGAGAGUAUUCACUGCAGCUGCUACCGCCUGACUGAAAAAGAGCACUUACCUUCAUAGUUUGCGCAGGAUAUCACGCCUUGAGGCUCAUAGCGAGGCUACUCAAGCGCACGCAGGUAGAUUCAAGUGUAUAGUGCAUCAUUGCGUGAUAAGUUUCCAUGUUUCUUAAGCUAGAGUAGGGGAGUGUUAGCGUUGCUAUAUAGCCGAUCUCCUAGCUAACGAAUGAUGCAGACAGACAUUUCCUUCAAGCAUUGAAGCCGUGCAGUGUGUAAGACGGUAGAAGUGCAGUCCGGGCAUAUGCCACGCUGGGACCAACCGACCCUAAGCUUCCGCCACUGCAGACAGCCCGGUUCGAUAUUUCUGCUAUAUUGGAGGCGAGCUUCUAAGAAGAGAAACGGAAAGCGGAUUGCCUGAAUUGUCGGCCAUCCGUUGGGUGUGGGUAGAGUAGCAGCUGUGAAGCUGGGCUUUUUCUUUCCUUUUCUUUUCUUUAUUCUGCCCUGCCUCAGCUGCGUCUGAAUUUCGGAUGAAAACUUGGAGUGCGAAGCAUAGCUCAUACGCCAGCUAAUAAUGCGAAUUGAGCGGAAAAGGUUUAAAAAACAGCUAUGGAGGGUUUUUAUUUCUGUUUUCCGGCGUUUCUGUCUUUUGCAGUAUUUCUUCUGUCAGAACUAAAAGCUCGAGGCCAGUUCUCCCAAAGAAACACCGCGCAGAAGGCUUUAUUCGCGGUACUAUGGUUGCUGCGGUCUACUUUAGGAAGGCUGCCCGCUACAGCUCUAUAGCGUACAUGGUUUGUUUGUGUCUUCGCCUCUCUUUCUCUGGCCUUCGGCUGUCUUUCUCCUUUUAUCCCGCUACUCCUUCCCCCCGCGCAGGGUAGCCAACCGGAACUACAUCAGGCUAACCUCUCUGCUUUUCUAUGCAUCCUUUUCUCUUUCUCUCUCACUUGUCUGUUCUGUUUAAUGCCUCAUACACGCAGAAGUUGCAGUAUAGGGUUGCACGGAGCCGUAAGGUUGAUACAGUCGGAUGACGGCGCACAGGUUUAACGGGUAGCGCCGGCACCGAGAAAGCCAGCUACAGACGCGUGUGGCAUUCCUGAUAUCGUAACUGAGCGCUUUGAAACGUCAAAUACGGUCCACCAGCCUUACGUCUUACGUCCGAAACGACCAGCCUUUAGCUGUCAGGUAGGGGUUUUACUUUCUGAAGAAGUUGUCAAUUUCGUCAAGGGCCAUCAGAGAAACUCCCGGUGAGGUUAUUUUAUACGGCAGAAGCGGCGCUGGCCGCGAUGUCAUUUAGCGCACUUCCGAUGGUGACGUGUUGAAAGAGGGUUCCCCAGAGACGCAGAAGGCACCGUACGGGCUUGCUUUAAUGUGUGACGAUUAUAUGCAGGAAUGCUUUAAUGUGUGACGAUAAUAUGACAGGAGAAAGUGACAUAAGCCGCUAAUAAGGACGCCAGUGGUGCUGGUUAUUUUUACGCGGAUUACCCGUAGAUUCGCUACGCGUAUUUAUUGCAUCCGGAUCAAAUGACCAAGCGGAAGGUGUCUUAGAGCCAUUAGGCGUACUGCGAAGCGCCUAAUUAUACAACAUUCAUUAACCAGAUGCACGUUUCACUAGCGCCACAUAUUUUGCUUCAUGGUUUGCGCCUGCUUAUAGUAUAAGAAAGGAUGAGCUCCUUUUCUGUCGUUUAAUAUCCCUUCCCUCUUGCUGCCCUCGCGGCCCAGUCAGGUGGCAGCGGUGGCUGUGCCAGGGUCACAAGCCGUGCACGACUGUGCUGUAUACUGUGCUGCAUAGAAACGACGGUGCUGCAUAGAAAUGAACGGCCUGUAAUAAGCGGUCGAUGCAGUAUUCGGGACAGUCACUCUUUAUAGAUGCUUAUUCACGCCUUGGAUUGUUGUGCCGGGCAACGCGGUUGUAAUGCAUUCGAAACUAUUCGAAUCGUAAAACUAGCCAGUGAAACUGCCAUGAACACGUCACGAUUGGCAUUACGUACCAUUGGUGCGCAAAGUUCGGGGCGCAAAUGCCUUACUGAAGAGAGUAUCACACUGUGGUAUACCAUCUGUGCACGCACAGUAUAUGACCUUCCGGGAUAAUUCGCUGAAUGAUGCAGCGAUGUUUAAUAUCCAUACUCUUUCAUCACUAUAGCGGAAGAUGUUGGUCAUGCCUCUUAACUUUUAGUACGGAUAUUUGGAGUCAUUUGGAGCGAUAUUCAGACCUGUUACAAAUACCGCCUGUAAGUUAUUCCAGUCUGACGUAGGCGAUUUUGUUCCAGAAGAGCAGAUUACUUGGGAUCGAUGACCUGUUUUUCUUGAAUACACGGUAGCCGACGAAAUGUGGCGGAUAUGGACGACAUGUUAUUGUGCGCAUUUGUAGCACAGGGAGCAAAAUGUAUGCCACCUAUGGGACAAUAAUAUAUUUGUACUGAUGCAGACACUUGAAUGUGCACUUGCGUUGAACAAACCUCGCGUAGUUUUCUUAGAGGUAACUGUCGUGCAUUUUUCACAUUAGCCUAUUGUAAGGAUGUGCUGCAGCAGCAGCACGUUGUUAUCUAACAUCAACGUGCUUGUAGAAGCGACUAGUCAAAGACUGCGCAAAAUGUAACCGGGCAGGUGUGCGCACAAUGUUGAUCCUGAAAGUUCACUGAAAUAUUUCCGACGUGCGAUUUCUGUUUGUCAUUGCGGCGGGUCUGCUCGACGCGCGCGUGUCUGAUGGCACCAGACCCGGAAGAAUUCUAGUGGUCCCGGUGCAGAGACCACGCAGGUGACGAUGGCGCCGGUGUGGCAAGUUGCACACACAUUUCAUUGAAUCCCUGAAGUGCAGGUACAAUAGGCUGAUUGGGCUAGUCGAUCAGUGCAUGGUUCUGGCGUGUACGGCCUAUUCUUUUUUUUGCGGCAUCACCAUGUGCCAGUCAGUGUUUUCAGUGUUUUUUUUUAGAGAAGUCCACAGUGCUCUGGGCCACAAAUUGUAGUUACUCGGUCUGCUUGUCUGGAAAAAAAAAACUGAUAAAUGCACGUUGAAAUGAAGGACCCACUAUGACUUCGCCCGCGUAUCAUGUUGACGAGCCGUACACAACUUUCGUUUUCUACAGGCAUGGCCAAUUGAUUUGGGAAAAACGUCCCAACACGUCCUCCGAAAAUGCCAGAGUUGAUGGCAAACAGCGAUAUCAGUGGACGAGACACCGUGUGUACUGGCUGAAUUCUAACCAACAGUACUCGGAGGGGAAACCGAGGCAUCGUUAAGCAGUUGACACAUUUUUGCGCAGGCAAAUAAGGUAUUGUGGCAGAGUGAAGCGUGUGCUCAUGCAGGGGGCACAGUCAGUCAAACGUGAAUCGAGCAGACUCUGGAUAACCUUACUGACGUUUAGUUAAGCGUCUCAUUAAUUAAAGUAUAUCUACUAGUACUGUGUGUCGCCACAUAGAUGUCAUACAUUAUAGCCGUGCGCGGUUAGGUGUAAAUGCAUAUCAAGUAGCUACUUUGUCACUGUUGAUAGUACUUUCUUUCCCGUUAAAUCCCGGUAUUUUGUAAGUGUACAUUUUGUUUUGACGAUGACAAGAAUUGCGCGUCUUUUUAUUUUAUUUUGAUCCCCGUGUGUUAUCGUUGGUAUGUGCGUUUUCUCCCAAACAUUGUUUAUGGAGAGAAUAAAGGUGGAUCUUAUUUAUGAAAAAA